AUGGAGAUCGCGUUGGUGACUCUGGAGAACGGCGGCGCCACGGCCAUCGCGGCCAGCGAUGAUGCCGCGGCCGGCGGCGACGGUAGAGCCCGCUCUCGCCGCCGAGGCAACCUGCUCCGCAUCGCCAGCGCCGCCGCGCUGCACCUGAGCGACAGCAAGGAGGACGCCCGGCCGGCGGCGGCGGCGGACGAGGAACCGCAGCGGCUGCCGCGUGACCUGCGCAUAGACAACCCCGACGGGCGGGCAGUGCGCGGGACCUCGCCGCCGCCGCCCCCUCCGCGGCCGCCGCCGCGCGCCACGCACCUCUGCACGGCCGAGAUGAGUCCUCCGGAGGAAGGUGGGCACCGGCUGGGCAUGGCCAUGGCAGCAGACGGAGAGGAGGAGGAUGUGGCCACAGCAGCAGCAAGCUGGGGUGCCAUGCACCACCAGCGGGUGCUGAUCAACAUCUCGGGGCUGCGCUUUGAGACCCAGCUGGGCACCCUCAACCAGUUCCCCAACACGCUCCUGGGUGACCCGGAUAAGCGCAUGCGCUAUUUUGACCCACUCCGUAAUGAGUACUUCUUUGAUCGGAACCGGCCCAGCUUUGAUGGGAUCCUCUAUUUCUACCAGUCUGGGGGCAAGCUCCGCAGGCCUGUCAAUGUCUCCAUCGAUGUCUUUGCUGACGAGAUCCGCUUCUACCAGCUGGGUGAGGAGGCUAUGGAGCGGUUCCGGGAGGAUGAGGGCUUCAUCAAAGAAGAGGAGAAGCCCCUGCCCUGCAAUGAGUUCCAGCGCCAGGUCUGGCUCAUCUUUGAGUACCCUGAGAGCUCCAGCUCAGCCCGGGCCAUUGCCAUCGUCUCUGUGCUGGUGAUCCUCAUCUCCAUCAUCACCUUCUGUCUGGAGACUCUGCCUGAAUUCAGAGAUGAGAGGGAGAUGUCCAUGCCCCUGCCCCCACAAAACGAAGUCUUGAAUGGCACAGUUGGGGAUUCCCCACCCAUUCAGCCACCCAGCAGCCUCUCCGACCCCUUUUUCAUUAUUGAGACCACCUGUGUGAUCUGGUUUACCUUUGAACUCCUAGUCCGCUUUUUUGCCUGCCCCAGCAAGCCUGAGUUCUCCCGCAACAUCAUGAACGUCAUUGAUAUUGUGGCCAUCAUCCCCUACUUCAUCACCAUGGGCACUGAGCUGGCCCAUGAGCAGCAACAGCCUGGGACUAGCAGUAGCAACGGAGGUGGGGGCCAGCAGCAAGCCAUGUCUUUGGCCAUCCUCAGAGUCAUCCGGCUGGUGAGGGUCUUCAGGAUCUUCAAGCUUUCCAGGCACUCUAAGGGGCUACAGAUCUUGGGACAGACUUUGAAAGCCAGCAUGAGAGAGCUGGGCCUCCUCAUUUUCUUCCUCUUCAUUGGAGUGAUACUUUUCUCCAGCGCUGUAUACUUUGCUGAGGCCGAUGACCCUGAGUCUCAUUUCUCCAGCAUCCCUGAUGCUUUUUGGUGGGCAGUAGUGACCAUGACCACUGUGGGCUAUGGGGACAUGCGGCCUGUCACUGUGGGAGGCAAGAUCGUAGGUUCCUUGUGUGCCAUAGCUGGUGUGCUCACCAUCGCUCUGCCUGUCCCUGUCAUUGUAUCCAACUUCAACUACUUCUACCACCGUGAGACUGAUCAUGAAGAGCAAGCUAUUCUCAAGGAUGAACAUAGCAAUGCUCAGGGUAGCACAGCUGGGGGAGAUGCAAAAAGAAGAUGCAGUAAAAACUCUCUGAACAAAUCUGUUGUGCACUUGGAAAACAGUGAGGGGUUCAACAAUGGUACUAGUUCUUUAGAGAAAACCAAUAUCAAAGCUAAAAGUAAUGUAGAUCUCAGAAAAUCUCUCUAUGCACUCUGUCUGGACACCAAUAAGGAAACAGACCUGUAA